CAUUUUGUACCGCAGAUUCAUCCUACGGGAUCCGUUAAGAGCAGUUUCCAUCAUUCGUUUGGGGUUUAAAACCAUUGUUCCGUACCAAACCGUUAAUCCUCAGAACCCGGUUCCCGUCAGUUUGUACGGUUCUGCCCUCUCCAGCAGCAUUAGCUCGGUGUUAUUGGGGUUUUGAGGUGAAAUUAGAGGAAUAAUGUCGUCGGGAAGCCCUGAAUACUCACCGUUCUUCGCAGUGAUGGGCGCAUCAGCAGCGAUGGUCUUCAGCGCGUUGGGCGCGGCGUAUGGCACGGCGAAGAGCGGCACGGGUAUCGCUGCCAUGUCCGUGAUGCGUCCGGAGCUGAUCAUGAAGUCCAUCAUUCCUGUGGUCAUGGCGGGAAUCAUCGCUAUAUACGGGCUGGUGGUGGCCGUCCUCAUCGCCAACAGCAUCUCAGACAAGAUCACUCUGUACAAGUGAGUUAAA